GUAUUCGUAAAUUUGGAAAGAAUUUCAAAGUAAUCGCUGAGAUCCUGGGAACCAAGACUGAAGCUCACACACGGAAUUUCUUCGUUAGUUUCAAGCGUCGGUAUAAUCUGGACAGUGUGCUCAAGGAAUACGAGGCAGAGGCAGGGAUACAGGGCGAACCAGAGACUGAGGGUGAGAAAGAGGAUGGCUCCGAUUCUGGGGUGGUCCCCAGCCCGCCCUCCCCACCUAAGCUCACUGCUGCGAAAGUUAACGGAAAAUAGACACUUAGAAAACAGAAACUAUCAGAAAUAUGAAAAUACGACACCUGAGUGAAAUUAAAUUAAAGUUAAUAUGGCGGCUAGACACUAGACAAAAAUAAACCUUCUACAAAUUGAAGAAAUGUUGAUGUGCACUGCAGCAGUGCAGGAUAUAACUGUCACUUGAAAUGUUGAUGUACAGUGCAGCAGUGCAGGAUAUAACUGUCACUUGAAAUGUUGAUGUGCACUGCAGCAGUGCAGGAUAUAACUGUCCCUUGAAAUGUUGAUGUGCACAGCAGCAGUACCGGAUAUAACUGUCCCUUGAAAUGUUGAUGUGCACUGCUGCAGUGCAGGAUAUAACUGUCCUUUGAAAUGUUGAUGUACAGUGCAGCACUGCAGGAUAUAACGGUCCCUUUGUUACCAACGACUUUAUGCAUGAGUAAAAUCCAAAAUAUUUGGUUUAAACGGAAAUCGACAUUUUUUGUCGAUAGAGAUAGAAUUUUUUUAUUUUUUUAAAUUAGGCUUCCAUACUCUUGGCCCUUGAUUUUCUUUCCCUUUUUACUUUGUUUACCUUUGUGCACGGUUUGUUUUUCCAAAUCUUAAAAUAUCUUGUACUCACGUCUUAUCCUUGGCGUUGUAUAUUCUGAGGCUUCCAAAAUUUAGUACCUAAUUAUAAGUUAGUACUUUUCUUAAUGUACUAUUCAGUACAUAAAGAAUUCCAGAUACAAGGACUGAAAAAUCCAAUUUGUGAAAUGCUAAAAUUUUAUUUUUGUUGAAAAAUAUGCUUGAGCUCAGCGUUGUUAAAAAUUGUAAUGUCUUUGUUUAUGUACGACGAAUGUACACAAUACACAUGGUAACCCUAGUAAGAUAUUACCGUAAGCAAUGCAUGCAUGCAUUGCCUUAUACGUGAAGUGUGCACUGCACCGAAUAUUUGGAUCCAACUGGCAAAAAAAUAGACCAAAAUAUUCUGAAAACCUUAUUUCACAAAUGAAAAAAUUUAACAGUUAUUUUUUUUAAUAUACAUUUGAAAUUUGACAAAUAAAUUUUUGUAAAUCUUCUUACAGGACAUUUCUGAUCCGCAUUAAAAAGGAUAGAAGUGAUCGCUUAUAUAGGCUGAUGAACCAAAAAAUUAAAUUUAAAUAUGUUUGUAUAAAUGCGCAAAUAACAAUGGGACACCCCUUGAG